AGGGGCACGCAGGGCACAGGCAGGACAGGCAGCCGCCUGGGGCAGCGCUGGGUCUGGGGGCACCGCUCUGCCGGGGGGAAGCAGUGGAGCAGCGAGCGCCAGGGCCCCCCCCAGGAUGCUGCGGAGAUGGAGCUGGACGCUGGCGCUGGGUGUGAGCAUCACCCUCAGCUUCGGCCUCUCCGUGCUGUGGAGGCUUCAGAGCCGGGCGUCCCAGCCCAAGAUAGCGUCGGUGGCUGGCAGAGGAGCGGGGCGGGACCCCCAACAUCCCUGCCGGAGCCCCGAGGCCCCGGUGAUGGGGGCGGAGCAGUGCCGGGCGCCGGAGCAGAACUGGAGCGCGGGGACCCUCCCCGCCAGGCAGGACCAGGGCUGGAUCCUGAGGCAGCUGAAGCUGGUGCAGAGCUGCCCCUGGGUGCAUAACGCCAGCGCCCUGGGGCAGUACAGGGAGCAGCUGGGGCGCUGCUGUAACGCUUCAGCCGACCUGGUGCUGACCCACAACAACACCCGCCUGGGCUCCCAGAUCCUCUACGAUGGGCAGCCGGCCCAGAAGUACCCGGUGAAGGAGGAGCUGCUGGAGGUGCUGCCGCAGGGCUCCCCGUUUCAGGACGCCCCCUACGAGUGCUGCGCCGUGGUGGGGAACGGGGGGAUCCUUCGUAACAGCAGCUGCGGCCCCGAGAUCGACCGCGCCCAGUUCGUCAUCAGGUUCAACCUGCCCCCCCCGGGCUUCGCCGCUGACGUGGGCACGAAAUCGAGUGUCGUCACCAUGAACCCCAGCGUCCUGCACAUCCGGUUCGGGGCUCUGAGCCGCCGGCGUCGUCCCUUCGCGGAGGCGGUGGGUGCCCACGGGGCCGCACUGCUCCUCAUCCCGGCCCUCAGCUUCCCCAGCAACACUGCAAUCUCGUUCCAGGCCCUCUACACCCUGGAGGACUUCGGCUCCCCGGCCCGCGCCCGCUUCAUGAACCCCGAGUACCUGGCACGGCUGGACCGGCACUGGCGUCACCGCGGCCUGCGUGCCAAGCGCCUCUCCUCCGGCUUCAUGCUGGUGAGCGCCGCCCUGGAGAUGUGCCGGCACCUCACCCUGUACGGCUUCUGGCCCUUCCCCAGCGACCCCCAGGGGCGGCCCCUGCCCCACCACUACUACGACGACCAGCCCCCCAUCCCGGGGGCUCACGCCAUGCCCGAGGAGUUCACCCGCUACCUGGGCAUGCACCGGCAGGGCGCCCUGCGGCUGCAUCUGGGGCGGUGCCGGUGA